CAAGGUACUAUUCUGUGGAUAUAUAACUAACCAUUGCGUAAUUGCACGAUUCGCUGAAACUUUAAGCGACGCGGAAUUACCCGCUGCUAUCAACAGUGGCUUCUAUCCAAAACCCAGUGUCUAAUACACCGAAGAGCAAUAUGAACACAGUGGGUAAUAUACGCACAAUCAUACGUGCAGCGUCAACAUUGCGAAGAGCUGUAACAAAGCCAUCGCAAUGUUACGGCUCCCUAGGAUGCUACACUAGAUGCUUUACCACUAUCAGCGCCAAAGUCACAGAUGCAACUUAUCACAAGGAGUUGGUUACCAGGGCAAAAGCUGCAUAUGGAGGAAAUAAGGAAGUUGAUGCUGCAAUGGACGAUAUGUUAAACAAACAUCGCCUGGUACUGUUCAUGGAAGGAUCCAUGGACCAUCCCAAGUCACUAUGCGCAGGCAACUUGGCAAAAAUAUUCACAGCACUCCAGAUAGUGGAUUUACAUACGGUGGACCUCUUGACCCACCCCGAGAUUAUGGGCUACCUCUGCACGCACAUGAAGGAGAACGUACGCAACGUUAUAUUCAAGAACGCAAUGCCUAUACUAGACUACGACCAAAUCAUGGAACUAUUCAAAAAAGGCACGCUUCUACAAGCACUGGAAACUAGAAGUAAGCCUCCCAGCAAAGGCACACAUAAACACUUCAAAGACAUGCUACCCAUCGCUAAUUACUGAUACCAUUAACAGAGUACGAGUUACUAUAUACCCAAGUUUAACGGAAU